CUCUAGUCAGUUUGUCAGUCAGGACAUCAAGGCCCUUUUACCUUUUUCCGCUGUCUCUGAGCACGAGCAUCUUGCAGACUCAUUUCGUCACGUUACCGCCUCUUGCCCCCGAAAUCCCGUCUAUCCAUUCCUCACCUGGAACAGGCUGUCUUGUCUCAGCGUCUCAGCAGGCAGAAGCAGCCAACGGUUUGGGUCAUCGCCAGCUGAUUGGCGCCGAUGACCUCAUAGCCUCAGCGUCUGCCACACCACUGCAAGUCUCGCUCCCGCUGUCAAAAGACAAAAGAAUUUCAACCCCUGGACCCCUAAAAACCUUCAUUUGGCUUCGGGUUGAGCGAAGCCUUGUUGGAGUGAUGCAUCUUUAAGUUUGGCGAUCCCUACGGCUUCUUUGCAUCUUUUGUAUAUUUUUUCUUAUUUUUGUUCUGUUUGUCGCUUCUUUUUUUUCUUCCUAGUCAAUCCUCGGCGGUGGAUUCUUGGCUUUAUUCUACCCACCUAAAUACAGACGGCGUCUCCGAGACUUGAAGAAAAACAGAAAAUCGAAAGAAAAAAGAAAACAAAUCAACAUCCUCACCUCACACAACAUCCCACGAUGUCUCGCCAACGCGGCGGCGUCCAUCGACGGCCAUACCAACUACUGCUGCUGGCAUUGGCAUCGCUGAGCGCAAGAAGCCUCGCCCUGCCCUCAGCAACUCGCCUCGACCAAAAACGGAAACUCAGCGGUCGGUUCCUGCAUAUCUCAGAUUUCCACCCCGACGAGCUUUAUCGCGUGCACACAUCCACCGAAGAGGGCAUCGCAUGCCACCGGGGGAAGGGAUUGGCCGGAUCGUAUGGCGCUGAAAAGACGGACUGCGACACGCCCUUUUCGCUUGUAAACGCUACCUUUACCUGGAUCGAGGAGAACAUCAAGGAUGACAUCGAUUUUGUUAUCUGGACGGGCGACUCGGCCAGACACGACAGCGACGAGCAGAACCCUCGGCACGAGCCCGAGAUCCUGAGAACGAACCGCAUCCUCGCCGACAAGUUUGUCGAGACGUUUUCGUCGCCCGAGCAUGGGCUCGAGAUCCCCAUUGUCCCUACCUUUGGCAACAAUGACUUCCUCCCCCACAACAUCAUGUUGCCAGGGCCCAACAAGUGGUUCGCGACCUACAGUGACAUUUGGCGCCGCUUCAUCCCCGAAGAGCAGCGCCAUUCCUUUGCGUUUGGUGGCUGGUUCUACGUCGAGGUCAUCCCCGACCAGCUUGCCGUCUUCAGCUUGAACACAAUGUACUUUUUCGACCGCAAUGCCGGUGUGGAUGGCUGCGCCCACCCCUCGGAGCCUGGGUACAAGCACAUGGACUGGCUGCGCGUUCAGCUUGAGAUUCUGAGGGAGCGGGGCGUCAAGGCCAUUCUCAUGGGCCACGUACCGCCUGCUCGGACGGAGAGCAAGCAAAACUGGGACGAAACCUGCUGGCAAAAGUAUACACUGUGGCUCAAACAAUACCGCGACGUUGUUGUCGGCUCCCUGUAUGGACAUAUGAACAUCGAUCAUUUCCUGCUCCAGGAUGUCAACGAACUGACUCCGGAGCUUGGUAUUGACCAAGUCCGCACCCGUGGCUCUCCAAAGGAGGGAGCGUCUAUAUCUUCCAAAGAAGAUUAUCUUCAGGAAUUGCGUGAUACAUGGACUGGUCUGCCCAAGUCGGACGACGAGGACGAUGAGGAGACGGAGCUGGGCAAGAAAAAGAAGAAGAAGGGAAAGAAGAACAAGAAGAAGAAGCUGCGUAAGAUCGGCGGCAAGUACGCUGAGCGAUACCAACUCUCUCUCAUCAGCCCAAGUGUUGUGCCAAACUACUUCCCCACACUUCGAAUUUUUGAGUACAACAUUACUGGAAUCGAGGACGCACCCGUGUGGCGAGAUACGUAUGAUCAGGCAAACCCACCGGCAGCGCUCGAACUCCCGGAGGAUACCCUCGAUUACGAGAAUCCAGAGGAGAUCUUGGUUGAGAUUCUCAAGAAGAAGAAGAAGGACAAGAAGAAGGGCAAAUCGCGCAGGCCGCCCAAGGACCACGAUCUAAUUGUUCCUCUGGACCCGCCCGAGGGCUCGACCCCUGGUCCUGCCUACUACCCUCAGCUCCUUACCUUGACUGGAUACACGCAGUACUAUGCCAAUCUCACUCACAUCAACGAUGAUAUCCCCGAUCUUGGUGCCGAUGCCACCAAGUGGCGUAAGGGCAAACACGACAACAAGGAGCCCAAGCACGGAAAGCCAAAUCCUCGAGAGUUUCAAUAUGAAGUGGAGUACAGCACAUUUGACGACGACGUUUACAAGCUGCCCGAUUUGACAGUCAAGAGCUUCCUAAAGCUAGCCUAUAGGAUGGGCCAGAAAGAGGGUGGAGGCAAAAGCAAGACGCAAGACACAUACGAUGAGAACGAAGAUGUAGACUCGGAAGCAGACGAACUCACGGACGAUGAGCCCGAAUCAACAUUCAAGAAGGGCAAGGGUAACAAAAAGGACAACAAGAAGAGCAAGAAAGAAAAGAACAAGACUUGGCUACACUUUUUGGGCCAUGCAUUUGUUCGCACAGUUCCCAAAGAGGAGCUGGAAAAGAUGUGAUUCGCACACUGCAUUUUACUUUUCUUGAUUCUACUUGUCUCUUUUAUACCCUUUCUAUCUGUCUUGUUAAUGGAUGGUGAUGUUGGGACUGCUAGGAUGCACUGCCUUGGCGUUUGGGAUUUACAUGCUUAUUGCUAUCCAUUCAGUAACGAAUGUGAUGUAGCACUUUGGGUGAAAUAGGCCGCAUUAUGGUCUAGGAGGAGGCAUUGAAGCGAUUUUUCAUUGUACAUAUCACGGCAUUGUUAUUCCCGGGUAUUGUCCUGGUGUAUUUUUACGUUAGAUCGUAUGGAUAUAUGUAUACCCCGAUUUGAAUUAUAGUAUCAUGGAAUGAACCUUGUUCACAUUUCCCUAGUAUGAAUGAAAGAGCUAUAUAUACAUG